GUUGUAAGUGCUGGAGAAAUUACUUUGUCGGCGCUGGUCCGGUUUGGGAUUUUAACGCUCUGCUCCGCGCACGAAGAUGCUAAAAAGUUAGGGAUUGUCGCCGCGGGAGACGUUCGCGUGGUUUGCGAGGAGGUUCUCGCCGGAAAACUCCAUGGGACGACGGAAACAACCUCUGCGCCGCCGUUCAAGGUGUGGCUGGUAGAGCAGCUCGAGGUAGAGGGUCUCUCCCCCCUCACCCCCCUCGACCCCCUCCCCCCCUGGUGCCCUUUCAAGGAGGAGAGCAGUGUCCUCGUUUUGUUUGUUUUUUCUUUUUCUGCCCGGAAGCAACCCUCCAACUUGUGACUUCAUGAUCACAUGACCGUGGAUAUGGACGCAGUCCUAUCCGACUUUGUCCGUUCCACUGGAGCUGAACCGGGAUUGGCCAGAGAUUUGCUAGAGGGCAAGAACUGGGAUUUCACUGCUGCACUCAGUGACUUCGAGCAGCUUCGACAGGUGCAUGCUGGGAACCUGACGUAUUCUUUCGCAGAGGAUAGAACGUAUCUGCCUCUGGAAAAGGAGAUGGCGAGGGUGGGACGGCCCAUCCUCCACCGACAGGACGAGGUGGUGCAAGCCACAGAGAAGCGGCUGUCCAGGGGUAUUUCCCACGCCAGUUCAACCAUCGUGUCCCUGGCCCGUUCUCACGUCUCCAGCACCGGCGGCAGCAGCAAUGAGCCGCUUCUGGACACGCCUCUGUGCACUUUCCAACUACCAGACCUCACCGUGUACCAGGAUGACUUCCGUGGUUUCAUCGAGAGGGAUCUUAUAGAGCAGUCAAUGAUGGUGGCCUUGGAGCAUGCAGGUCGACUGAACUGGUGGACGAAAGUGGUUUCAAACUGUCAGAAUCUGCUGCCGCUGGCCACGAGCGGAGAUGGAAAUUGCCUGUUACACGCAGCCUCGCUCGGCAUGUGGGGCUUUCAUGACCGGGACCUGAUGCUGCGUAAGUCGCUCUACGCGCUGAUGGAUCACGGGCUGGAGAGAGAGGCACUGAAGCGCAGGUGGAGGUGGCAGCAGACCCAGCAGAACAAAGAGUCUGGUCUGGUGUACACAGAGGAGGAGUGGCAGAAGGAGUGGAAUGAACUGUUGAAGUUAGCCUCCAGUGAGCCCAGAAUACACUACAGCACCAACGGCACCAACGGGGCGGAGUCUUCGGAUGAACCGGUUUAUGAGAGUUUGGAGGAGUUUCACGUCUUUGUGCUGGCUCACGUUCUCAGACGACCCAUAGUGGUGGUGGCCGACACCAUGCUCAGGGACUCUGGAGGAGAGGCCUUUGCUCCCAUCCCGUUCGGAGGCAUCUACCUGCCGCUGGAGGUGCCAGCUGCUAAGUGCCAUCGCUCGCCGCUGGUCCUGGCGUAUGACCAGGCGCACUUCUCAGCGCUGGUCUCGAUGGAGCAGAAGCACAGCUCCAAAGAGCAAGUUGUGAUCCCUCUCACGGACUCGGAGCACAAAAUGCUGCCUCUGCACUUCGCUGUGGAUCCUGGGAAGGACUGGGAGUGGGGCAAGGAUGACUCAGACAAUGUGAUGCUGGCAAGUGUGGCUCUUUCUUUGGAGGCCAAGCUCCAGAUGUUACACAGCUACAUGACGGUCACCUGGCUGCCUCUGCCCUGCGAGCAAGCGCCUCUGGCACAGCCCGAGUCUCCCACUGCAUCGGCAGGAGAGGAUACACGCACGCCUCCUGACUCAGGCGAGUCGGACAAGGAGUCAGUCAGCAGCAGCUCCAACGGCAACUGUGACACAACCACGGGAUCAACGACCUUUGGAGGCGGGACCUUGGCCAAGAACAGCUCCUCGUCCUCAUCUAGUUCUUCUAGCACAGGGUCGGCAGGGACGGGAACAGCAGGGAAGGACAAAACCAAGAAGGACAAGGAUAAAGACAAGAAGAGGGCAGACUCUGUGGCCAAUAAGCUCGGCAGUUUUGGCAAGAGCCUGGGCAGCAAGCUGAAAAAGAACGUGGGCGGACUGAUGACGGGAAAGAACGCUGGAGCUGGAGGUGCCAAGCAGGAGGGCGGGGAGAAGAAAAAGGGCUCAUUUAGGGGGAGGAAGGGCAGCAAGGAUAGCUCGCCUUCAGCCCAGGCCUCAGAGGAUUCUGGGAAAGGUUCCCCUUCCUCAGGUAGCGAGCGUCUCAACGGGACAGGAAGCAGUAUGAGCAGCAGUGGUGGGAGCAGUAUCGAGAACGAGACCUACAAGUACAGUGCAGAUGUGAAGGUUAGCCUGGGCAUCCUGCGAGCCGCCAUGCAGGGUGAGAGAAAGCUGAUCUUCUCCAGCCUCCUCACCACGAGCAACCGGCAGCCCUUCCAGGAGGAGAUGAUCCAGCGCUACUUGUCCGACGCAGAGGAGCGUUUUCGGGCUGAGCAGGAGCAGCAGCGUCGUGAUGUAGAGAGGAAGGGCGUCAGCAAUGGCAUCCCGCCAUCCAAGAAGGAGGUGGUUGUUGGUACGGAGCUGAGCUACAGGCCUUAUGAGGCCAAAGAGGUGCUUUCAGAGAACUCUUCCCCUUCCUUCAACCCUCUCAAAGCCUCUCCUUUGAGCCCCUCUAUGUACUCUGGGGUCAUUCCCAUCCCCCGGCCCUCCUUCAUAGAUCAGACUCCUGCUGCCGCGCCCCUCACCCAGCAUCUUCACAUGCACGGCUACAUGGAGAAUCGGCGGCAGCUAGCUGGUGGCUCCCCAGUCACCUCCUACCCUGGCCUCCCCUCGUAUGCAACACUUCCGCGACACUGCCCCUCAACACAGGGACCCUCGCACCCACAGUAUAUCCAACAGGGCCCCUCCUCCCUCAGUCCCUCCCGCCUCGCGCCCUCAUACCCCCCAGAGCUCGUCCCUCCAGAUUAUCCCUUGUCUGAACCUGCUGCUGCUGGGAGCUACACCAACGGCUUCCGGGACAUCCACCCCAACCUAGACUCUCGGAGUGGGCAACCACCCGUCAGACACUACUCGCUGGGCAGCGCCGGUGGUUUGGCCGGCCUGCCGUCCAGCCGCUGUCGGACACCCAGCUGCACCUACUUCGGACACCCCGAGACGGGCAACUACUGCUCCUACUGCUACCGGGAGGAGCUGAAGAAGAGGGAGCCGGAGCCGGCCAUCCACAGGUUCUGAGCGGACCGUGCUUAUGGCCUGAAUUCGUUGAGUGGCCUUUUCAGUUAAAGUGACGGCUGGGGCGGAUCAGCCUCUGUACGGACAAGAUGAGCGUCGGACAGCUCCCUCCCUCUCUCAGCGGUGUCAGCUCCACCUCAGAGCCUGACGGAGAGUCGACUCCAUCACUGAAUGAGCAGGGUGGCGUCUGACUGCAGGGGAGAUGGUAUUAGACCAUGGGAUAAACUAACUGCACUUCUGUUACAUUUUGCUGUGGCUCUUAUGCAGGUGUCGUGUCUGAGUGUGUGUGUGAGUGUGUUUGUUAGUGUGAGUGUGUGUGUGUUUGUGUGUGUGUGUGUGUGUGAGUUGCAGGCUCUCCUCCUUUAUCAGAUUUUAAACGCCUUGCUAUUGUCUCCUCCUAGUGGAGAGAAUGUAUGUGGCAGGCGCCGUACAUAACACUUAUCGACACACAGUGCAUGCACACAUACACACCAAGUCAGACUCACACCACACAAACAGCGAUGCAAGCACAAACAAAAAGGCACGAGUGUCUCCUCUCCAUUUGUGGUCCGUGGUAAUGUUCGGGUGGUGAAUUAAGGGACGUUUGAGCAUUUUGAAGUCACAUCCUCUGAGGGUGAUAUCAGUGAUUUCAUUUCACACUACUGUUACUAGAUGCUUGCAUCACACGUACCUCGGGAAACAGCAGAGUUAAAUCCUUUUUUUUCGUCGGCCACCAUUUGCAUAAACGCAAAAAUUGCAAACUACCGUGCAAUGCUAAUCGUUAAGCGUUCUGCAGGCUGCUGUGGUGCUAAUGUUCCAGGUUGCAAAACACGUCAAUGUUCACGCAUCCAUCACCACUGUCCUGCAUCGUUAGCAGUAUCUCUCCGGCUGAAACAAACUAUACAUUUUGUCCUAGUCAUAUAUCUACACAUUGGAUUUUGAAGAUGUCAGCAGUCGGUCGCAUUAUUGACCCGGCGUCGUAGAACAAGAAGACAUAGCACCAUAGGUCAAUAGUAAGAAGCUGUUCCCAGAGCCUGAUUCAGAGGGUUUCACGUGUGGUUGGAAUGUUUCUCUAUCGGGUCGUCCUGGUUCUGCAAUACACAACACACUACAAGGUGAGGAUGUCACAUCCAGACCAGCAGAAAUUGGAGACGGAUGUGAAUAUAUGUUUAAAAUGCCAUGCAACACAUAUUGGAUUCCAGACGGGUCAAAGUUUUUCUGUAAAGCUUCUGUUAACACGAAGCUGCAUCAGAGUGAAAGACUGCUGUAGUUGUAAUUUGUCUCCAAUUUCUGUUUCUGUGGAUGUUGACGCUCAAAACUAAUAAUUCACAUUGCACUGACAAACUCUGGUUCCGAACGUCACGACAAACCCUCGACACUCUGCUGCUGCUUUCUAGAAACAAAGUUUUCUCAUUGUCACACUAAAGGUUAACGUCACAUCCCCGGAGGGACAUCUCACUCCUCAUUGGCUCGUUCGCCCACUGCAAACGUUUCAAAGUUCUACUGAAGGCGGUUUCCUGACUCCUGGCAUUUCUCUCGCCCCGAAACCUGAUCUCUCUCUCUCUUUUUUUGCACAAAGUCAAGCACUUUCCUGAUGUCCGUCGAUACCGUAUGUUUUGCUGUUUUUCGGAAGUGGCCUGACUGUCGUCCUGUGUUCAUCUCUGCAGACACUGCCACCUCUGUUCAUUGGAAAAUAGGGGCCGGAGGUUUUUUUUCUCUAAAGGAUUCAGUUACUGUAGAGCUACAGCAUUUCGGUGCCAGUGUCACCAUCUAACUCAAUUUCCUAGUUGCCUUUUUUGACAUUUGUCCUCGCGGCAUCACCAUGUAUUUCCUCUGAAAAGAAAAAAAUGACCUAAAUCAAAUAAUCCACUGCUUGCUUCAUCGCCUGCAGCUCUGACGACUACUGCCCCCUAAAUUUGAACAUAUUAAUAUUAUUUUCAUUUGUGUUGCCGCUUUUGAAAUAAUGCCGUUAUUCUCUUUUCAGCCCGGCAGUGAGUAUCACUGCGUUGAUACCCAGCUGAUGUUCUGUCUUUGAGUUUUCCUUGUUAUCAUUUUUAAGGCUGUUUUUGUUGUGCAAAUGUCAAAAUGACUACUUAAAUACUGAAUAAUCUCCCUUAUGAUAAGCCAUGGUGGAGUGACACCCGCUGCUCCACUCCUCCGGCAUGAAGUCCAGUAGAAAAGCACAAUUUAGUAUGCAAGUCACUGCCUUGCCCAGUAGAGGGCGCCCUUGAUUUAGUUUAUUUUUUUCUUUGAACCCAGUAUUUGGAGUUUGCCCUCGUUGCUCAAAACCCAAACUACAAAAACAAAUGACCAAAAUGUCAGAGGAAUAAAUCUCACGCGUACUAAUUUAACACUAUAACAAUAUGUUUAGGUAUUUUCCAACAAUUGCAGAUGCUGUUAAAUGAAGGAGGGAGGCUUUUUUUUUUUUUGCCGUGCAUUUAAGGACAAUUAAAAACACUGUUUCCCAAGAAAGCAUUUGCUGUGUUUGUGUGUUGACGUGUUCAUGCACUAGCAUUUAAAAAAAUCCCAUCAAAUGUUCUCUUCCUGUGGGAAAGUGAUGCCUGUUCAACAAAGAAAAAGAAAAGUGUAUGUGUGCGUAUUCUCUGUCCUCCCUCCAAAGUAAUAACUAGCUUGAUGAAUCCAUUUCUUAUUUUUAUUUUUGCAACGAAAACGGAUGCCUCAGAACCGUGUUUAAAAACAUUGGACUCCACAGGCUAGACUUCUUUUGUAUUUAAGAUUUUAAAAAAAAACACAAUGAGAGGUUGUACGAGUAUGUUCCGUGUUAUUUUUGUAAAAGCCCAAAGUUUUACAGUGUUUUUAAAAAGAAAUGGUAAGAAUGUAUAUUGUUGGAUACUGAAGCAGGGACAGAUGAGCGUGUCCGAGCCGGGGUUCGGGGUAGAACUGUUGUUGAAGGCGACUCCCAGACGGCUCCCUCAUUGCAAACUAAUCUCCUUAACGCUGACCUAACGAGAUACCAUUUGAGAAUAUAUAUAUUUAUAGUGAGAUUUUUUUAAUAGGUUUCCUUGUGGAAUGUUUAGUUUAAGGCGAGUUAGGAUGUUCUUUCUCACAUGGCUACUUGUCAUAGCAGUCUGGCUUUUUAUUUGUUGCUUUUUGAUUUGUACAUUUCAUUUCCGUUUUUUUAUCUUUUUAUUUUUCUCUCUCCAACCAAAACCGACCCAUGCUAUGCUGAAACGUGACGGGAGCGUUCUGGGCGACCCGGCGCGUUUCCUCCGAACCGGAAGAGAAACGGCUCAGAAUUAGUUUUGCAACACAACUGACCCGAGUAUAUUUUUAUAUAUUAUAUUGUAAAAACACUGUCGUUUCUGUGGGAACAGAAUAUUCAUCAUCGGUGACAUUGACAUGGAAAACUUAAGAGUUGCAUGGGACUGGAACUGUUGCAUGUAAACCGCAAUUCAUUUUACCAAAUUUGUGCAUUAUUUCAACUUGAUUUCAGAUGUCCUGGUGUUUUGAUCUUGUUUAUUUUUUUUAUUAUUUCAUUUUGUUUCAUCUUAUUUUUUUAUCUUUGGAAUGUUUUGUCUUUGAGAGGAGAGUCUCCCGAGGCUGUGUGACAGUGCAAUCUGGAUAGAAAGAACAUCAGAUUUUAUGUUAGGUUGUUAUUAUUAUUAUUAUAUUAUUAUUCAUUUUUUGCACCGUUUGAAUAAAUUCUCAUUGUAUUUCAAGAA